GGAAGAGAAGAGACGCCAGAUGGCGCCAGUCGACGGAGAGGGCGCGUGCGGUCUGGAAAAAAUACGAAUAGAUUUCGCUUCGCUGAUCGGGCCAUCGGGGAUUGCGGCGAGGGGAGGAAAAUGAUAAAGAAUGCGUGGAUCGCCGCCGGUUGAGGACGUUGAGGUUAUCGAGGGAGAAGAUGCCGAGGACGAAGGUGACUUUCGCUGAUGAUGCUGCUGCUUUUGGUGAAGAACAGGUGCUCCGGAUUCUGUCUGUUGGAUUCAUGAGAGACUCUCCUGGCGCGUUGGACGCCUCGCCGAGCUUUCCUCGUCAACUGCGAUCGGGCAGGAGUUCGAUAAUCCCACUUCGAGUGACAUGACUACUUGAUACUACCAGUUAUCAGAAUUCAAAAUGAAAAAGAUUCAUAAUAUGUUCAGCAUGGUUCAAGCAAUUACUGUUCUCACGGUGUUGAAGAUGCUCGUAAACGCUCAAACUACUUGUAAUGGUGGUGCGGGCAGAGUUGUUUACGAGAGGUUGCCAGACCAGCAAUUGCAAGGCUUCGACGACGAAGUGGUAAGGGAUUCAGCACCGCCGUUCCGAGUAUUAGAAAAGUGUCAGGAACUAUGCCUAAGGGACCGGACGGCCACCAACAACUUGGUGCGAGCUUGCUCGAGUUUCGACUUCCAACCGGGCACGAGGAUAGCUUCCUUCAGCGGUGCAGCCGAGUACGAGGAGAGCACCUGCUAUUUGAGUGCCGAGCAAGCGCAGCCGGAAGGCAUAGGGAACCUCAUGAUGGUCCCCAAUAGUGUGCACUUCACGGAAGUAUGCCUCGCGUCGAGUCGGAUUGAGCGGGAAUGUCCGAACCGCCGCUACGUUUUCGAGAGGCAUUCCCGGAAAAAGCUGAAACUACCGGCCACGGAUGUGAAGGAAGUGACCGCUGCUAAUCGCACGGAAUGCGAGGACAGAUGCCUCAACGAGUUCAGCUUCGUCUGUCGGUCGGCCACUUACGACGUAACUUUGAGAAGCUGCUCACUCAGUAGAUUCACCAGGAGGACGCAUCCGGAACUUCUCGAGGAUAAUGCAAAUUCGGAGUACCUAGAGAAUACGUGCUUGAACGCGGAACAUCGCUGCGACGGUUUGGCCGUGUUUAUCAAGGAGGAAAACAAACGUCUGCGCGGUCCGUUUGAAGUGGAUAUUUAUACGAAUCUAACCCUCGACGAGUGCCAGGCGCUUUGCUUGAGGGCAGAGAAGUAUUUCUGCCGGAGCGUUGAGUUUGAUGAGCAAACUCGCCAGUGUGUCAUUUCGGAGGAGGAUUCCGUUUCCCAGAGGGAUGAUAUUGGAAUCAGCAACAGUCCUAGUUAUCACUUUUACGACCUGGUCUGCUUGGACAAUCCACGAGGCUCCGAAUAUCCGGACAAUAGUGUCUCCUCCCACCUGUUCUCGGACGGCCGACGACCGGACACGGCCUUUCAGCGCUUUCGGAAUUCCCGGCUCAGCGGGGAGUUCCACUCGGAGAUCACCGGACGCAGCUUGAGCGAGUGCCUCGACGAGUGCCUCAGACAGACCAGCUUCCAAUGCAGGAGCGCCGUCUACUCCGAGCACUUCAGGACCUGCAGGCUCAGCAGGUUUAAUCAGAAGGAUGGGCACAGGAUCAUCUACGAUGCUGAUUAUGAUUACUAUGAAAACCUUAUGCAUCAAUAUUUAGAUGGAGAUGGAGGCUCUGGAUACAGGCCGGAUCCGCUGGGCCAAGAUACCAAACAUGGACGGCCAUUCCUUGGAAGACCCGGAUAUCCAGAGGACUAUCCAGGCGGUAACAAGGUUGAUCGAUUCCCAGACAAGUACCCAUUCCCAGGUAGUCGAUAUCCACUUCACUACCUACCUGGAGACGAACGUUACCCACCCGCAGGUAGUCGUCCUCACUACCCGCCACCAGGCCCCGAUCGUUACCCCAUGGAUCGAUAUCCGGACGACCGUUACCCGGGAGGCGAUCGCUAUCCCGUCGUAAAUCGUUACCCCAUGGAUCGGUAUCCAGCUGGCGAUCGUUACCCCAUGGGAGACCGCUACCCAAUUGGAGAUCGUUAUCCCACCACUGAUGAUCGGUACCCUAUGCGCCCGAUCAGCGGCCGUUAUCCAAGUCGACCACCGCCAGUGAGACCCGGUGGGGGUAACCGGUUCCCAGGAGUCAUACACCGGUACCCAGUGGUAACAUCGCUGGAUCGACCAGCUGGAUAUCCUGGACCUUCGAGAUUCCCUGUUGGCACCACCGGAUUCCCGGCGGUUGAUGACAGAUAUCCUCCGCCACCUCCAGCGACACCGUUGGAUCGUUAUCCACUUCCUGAUGAUCCAGUUGAUCGAUACCCCCCUGGGGGACUGGAUGGCAACCGACUUCCGGAGAGGUAUCCCGUUAGCGACCGAUACCCCGAAAAAGAUGGAUAUCCCUACGGCGAUAGAUACCCCGGAUACACCGGCAAGGACUACGGUGAACGCCCGAUUCACACCGGCAGCCCCUACGGUCCAGCUCGCCCAGGCAUCGGCGGCCCAGGAGGCAGUGGUGGCUCAAUAGCCCCAUUGCCCGGUAACUCUCUCGGUCCUGGCGGUUACGACGAGGGCGGCAUCGUCGGCGGUGGUUACAUCGGUGAAGGCGGCGUCUACCACUCACGGCCCUUCGGAACCAGCGGCGGUCCCAUAAUCGGUCGACCGCCUCUGCUCUCGCGCUGCGAUGAACAGGAGAACUUCCGCCAGGUUGGACAAGGAACCCGAGUCCGCAAGCCCUUCGUCAGGAGGUACACCACCGCCUCGUCGCUAUCUCAGUGCGAACGAGAGUGCGCUGACGCCAGAGAUUUCGUGUGUCGGUCUUUCAACUUUAGACCGUAUGCGGCACUCUACGGGGCUGAGAGGGAUAACUGUGAGCUAAGCGACAGAGACUCGAGGGACAUGGAUAUGGGCAACCCGAUUUAUUACGAUACAGGCUCGGAUUAUGAUUUUUACGAGAGAAAUAACGGCAGACAAGGCGUUGACGAGUGUCUCGACGUGAGCCAAGUUUGCAACGAAGAUGGCAUGGAGUUUACUUUACGCACGCCUGAAGGAUUUAUAGGUAGAAUUUAUACUCACGGCUACUACGACCGGUGCUUCUUCCGCGGUAACGGCGGAACCGUUAAUGUUUUGAGAAUAAGCGGAGCUCAAGGAUACCCUGAAUGUGGAACUCAAAGAUACGGCGAUACAAUGACGAACAUCGUUGUAGUUCAAUUCUCCGAUUACGUCCAAACCGGAAGAGAUAAGAGGUUUAAUUUAACUUGCCUCUUUAGAGGACCCGAUGAAGCUGUUGUUACUUCUGGUUACAUUGGUGCAGGCAGAUCGGGUUCGCCGAUUCCGAUCGAGUACUUGCCAGCUGAGAAUACUCUAAGCUCGCGAGUACGACUACUGAUCUUAUAUCAAGGACGACCAACUACUACUAUUGCUGUCGGUGAUCCUCUCACAUUCAGACUAGAAGCACAAGACGGAUCUAACUAUGCUACUGAUAUCUUUGCGACAAACGUCGUAGCUAGAGAUCCCUACUCCGGAAGAAGUGUGCAACUUAUAGAUAGAUAUGGAUGUCCGGUCGAUAAUUACGUCUUCCCUGGCUUAGACAGACUGCGAGACGGCGACAGUCUUGAAGCUCGCUUCAAUGCUUUCAAGAUUCCCGAAUCGAAUUUCUUGGUCUUUGAAGCGACCGUGCGAACUUGUAGAGAGGGUUGUCAGCCAGCCUUCUGUUCGUCAGGCACAGGAAGGAGUGAGCCGUCUUACGGAAGAAAACGUAGAUCCAUCAGCAACGAGACCGAGAUCGAAGAUAAUUCGAACUCUACAAGCGCAAAUUUGACCGACGUGUCCGAGAGUAAUGUCAACGGAACUGACGCUGAAGUUAAGGAUGCUUCUGAAGCUGAGGAAGAAUUCGUUAGGGAGAUGAUCGAGGUUUUCGAUUCGAGAUACGACAUGACAGAUCAAACAGAAGAAGAAGAAGAUAAUACAAUAGCUGAAAAGAGAAUUGCCCCGGUGAUAGACAGCGUGUGUAUAACUCCAAAUGAAUAUUACGGUCUCAUCACUGCAGUUGUCGUCCUCGUGGUUAUUUUGGCUUCGAUUGUGCUACUGACAGUAUUAAUUUACAGGAAAUACGUUUAUGCAGUGAUUGUUAAAAACCGUAGGGCCGAUAGAUCGUCGAACCAUAGCAGAAACUCCGACGAUACUUAUAGUACGCGAGCGAACAACUUCUCCUUCCUGCGAUCUGGGCUCCAGAAUCCGAGUCGAUCCUCACCGACAGCCAGAUCGCUGAGUAACAUGAUAAACCAACGCUCGGCCUCAUCUGCGACUUUGGCUGGGAUCGCUGGAACGUCGAGCAAUCACCGAACGAAUUUCGACCCAAGCGAACCGAUAUAUACGGAUCCAUCGCUCUUUGAAGUGUCGCGAUGCUCACUUGUCGAAUCAAAGGGUUCACAGAAUGACAAUUUUCACUUGAUGUGAGCAGAUACCUGAAAUUGAGCUUUCAUAUCUUUGAUCGUACGAAACAUUUCGAUUUACCAAAGUGAAUGUUUCCUUAAUUUAUAUUAAGCAUCAUCAUUUUUUAUUAUAUUAUAUAUUUUACAUUGUGCAAUAUAAAGUAUUGGUUCUCGCGUACCGUUGUCAAGUUUAAAUUACAUCUAUCUUUGAGUUCCUGGUUAUAGCAGGAGAGAAAUGAUGAAAUUACUAUUUGCUUUACAUUGGAUUAACCAAUGUUUCUUAUAAGUAGUGAAUGCAUUAUUAUUAUUAUUAUUAUUAUGGAAAAUAUAUCAUUUAUACUUUAUAAAUACUUUACCGCUCGAUAAUGGAUCACAUGCGCCAUUCAAACUUUGAUACAAGCAAUUUUAGUGUGUAAGAAAAGAUUUUGAUCGAAUUUUGUUGCAU